AUGUGGGAAAUAGAGACAAUUGACAAAAUGUACCAUGUUAUAAGAGUUAGUGCUAAUGUUGAUUCUUUAAGUUAUUGGGUUACGUCAAUAACGAUACUUACUUCUUUAUUCGAAGCAUUAUUGUUUCCAGUAUUGAUUUCCAUAGUCUGGAUAAUUCUUUAUAAAUUUAAAUAUAGAAUAAAUGGUAGUGAAUUUAGGCUAUGCAUGUAUGCAACUUAUGGAUCUAUAUUAAAUCUUGUUUUAAAUACUUUUCCUAGACAUAACAGAUUAUCUAAGGGCAUGUUUAUAUUUAUUUUCGUAUUUUUUAUGGCAAGUUUAUUGGGAAAAAAUAUACCCAAUAUUGCUCUUUCAAAGAUUAUUGGAAUUUAUAAUUUUACGGAUAUCAUUCAUUCAAAUAUUGAAUUAUUCUCUAACGAUUGGAAUUGCACUUAUUCUUCAUGUUCUGCUGAUUUUGAAAACGAUUUUGCUUUGGUUUCAAAUUCUAAAUCAAUUCAAAAUUCUUUUAAUAGAAAUAAUGUUCAAAACGCUUAUUGGGACUCUACUAAUAGUAAUAAUACUUUAUAUGCUGUACGUGCAAAAACUAAUCUUUCCUCAUGCAUAUUUUCAAUUAAUACUGUUAGUAGUAUGGCUCUAGGAAAUAUAACUGAUACGUUCCUACACGAUUGUAGCAAUUUCACUGGUUCUUAUAGUGCUCACUUGGAUUCUACAAGGAGUAUUGGUUUGGACUCUUUUCCUAGACAACUUUCUUUAGUUACUAGCAUAAUGGAUAGAUGUGAUAUACCUAUGAAUAUGUUUCUUGUCACUCCUAAUUUUUCUUUCGACGUUAAAAAAUUGGCUAAUUGGUUAAUUAAUGGGGGUUGUAGAACUUAUAACUUUCAACGUUCUUGUUCUAUAUUAUUGACCUGCGAUAUUUCUAUAGAUUGGAAACAAAUGCAAAUUUUUGGUAAUACUCCAGAUGAGAUAAAUAUAAUGGAUAUCACAACUUUUAAUAAUAGUUUAGAUAAUUUGGUCGAUUUAUUUUCUCAACACGUAUUAUUUACUGAUACUAAUGGAAAAGUUUUUGGUGAUAUACUUUCUGGAUCUAUGGUUGAUAAUAUGACAUCUGUUCAAACAAGAUGGGUAAAUACGAUCAAAUAUCAAGGAAAUCAAUCCAAUUUCAAUUUUUUGGAUGAAUUUGAUUCUAUUUUAUCAAGAUCAUUGGCAUCAGCUGUACAAUCGUUUAUGAACAAUGUAUCUGUUGAUGUCAUUAAAGCUAAAGCAAUGCCGGCUUUAGGAAUUUGGAUAGAACUUUCCAUUUUCUUAUCUGUUUCGUUUCUGUUUUGCUUUAUUUCAUUAUUCUUCUUUAUGUUAAAAAAUGAACAAUUAUUACUUCCUCUUAGUGUAUUGAACUUAGGAAUCUUAUCAAAUGCUAUUUUUAAAGAAGGCGAUGGUGCCUCUACUGGUGGUUUACCUCUUAAUUAUGAUGUGAAAACUUCUUGGCCAUUUGUUCUUACAAAAGAUGAAGAAUUAGUUCCAGCAAAUCUUGCUUAA